UUGAUUAGAUGGGAUGGGAUUCUCUGCAACACACAUAUCUGCUCACCAACCGAACCCUCUGUAGACCAAAUGCCCAAAUUCAACUCUUCACACGCUUCUUGUCAACAUAACCGCCCACUCCCACCCCCCGUCGUCUAAACGCCGAGCCCAGAAAGGAAGGGGAAAAAAGCAAAGCAAAAAGCGGGAUUAAUUUUGGUGGUGGGGUCAGUGAAGUGAAGAUGUGCUACGGAGGCGAAAGGCUACCAUCCAAAGAAGACUUCGAUGUGAAUGGUCCGACCCGGCCCACCACCGCCGCAGCCCGAUUGGCUGCCGUAAACGAGAACGAGGCGGUGGUGGAAAACCUGAGGGACAGGCUAGCUGAGACGGAGGCGCGGCUGGAGAGAGCCAGGGCUCGGGAAGCCGAGCUGAGCCGGCAGCUGGAAGAGAUGAAGAGGUUCGUGUCGGUGAUGGAAAUCCUCGAGACUUAUCUAAAGCGCCGGUAUAGAGAGCAGCAAGACCAGCUCUGUCGCCUCUUUUCUCCGGGUUGCUCAUAUCCUGUUAAUUGGAUGGGCAUCGACAGAGAGCCACUUUGCUUGGUUGGGGAAGGGGGAUUUUUAUGAGAAAGAUAGGAAUUUUGGCCGUUUGAAUGGGAGGUAAAUGAUACUUUAUAUGAAAAGGCCGGUGCUUUGUUAGUGAUUUUAUUGAGUUCUUCGUGGUUGAAUUGUUCUUUUCUGCUGGGUUAGGAGUAAGCAGAAGGGAGUUUUUGGUGGAAAUCAGCUAUUGUAAGUUCUUUGUUGUUGAUACGCAGCUAAAACUUCAGUCUUCUCUACGUUUUCAGAGUAGCGUACCAGCACAUAGUAUGUCCUUUUCUGUGGAAGCCUGGAAAUAGAAGUUUGUUUUCUUGAUGUUAGCUGUAUUGUAUGGUCUUUGACAAGAAAGCACUGUAUGGAUACUUGUUAUAGUGUACUAGUUCUAGAAUUUAGUGUUAUUUUGUUUCAUAGAAAGUUAAUACUGGGAU